AUGGCAAGCGCAGGAAAAAAAACAAAAAAAAGAAAUUUCUUAGACUGCGAGAUCGAAGUUUUGGUUGGGGAGGUGGAGAAAAGAAAAAAGAUUUUGUUUGGAGGGCACAGUAUGGGAGUCACUAAUGCCAAAAAAACUUUGGAGUGGCAAACUCUUGCUGAGGCAGUGAAUGCCACUGCAUCAGAAGAUCGGACUGUGGCCGAACUGAAAAAAAAAUGGUCAGACAUUAAAGUCGAGGCCAAAAAGCGCCUGGCGCACCAUCGCCAGAGCGUGUCUGCCACGGGCGGGGGAAAGGGGACGCCGGAACUGACCCCUCUUGAUGAGAGGCUGGCAGGCAUCAUCGGCGAGUCCCUCUUGAGUGGAGUGGUGACAGAGGCGGAGGGGGACACCGACGUGCCAGCAGAUGAAAUGGUUGCUGCAUGUUCCAGUGGAGAGGGUGGUGCAGCUGAACCUCCACGUGCCUCUCCGUCUCCGUCUCCGUCUCCAUCUCCAUCCAGCAGCGGGCGUGUCCUCACCGACGCAGUCCUUGCCAUGCAGAGGGAAACUAUUCAGUGCAUCAGGGAAGUGGCAGGAGAGUUAAAGGCCAUCAAGACAGUGUUGUCCGAAAUGAGCAAAAAAAUGAAAUAAUUUGUUAAUAAACAAUUGUAU